CGUCUCGGCCGGUGUCCCCGCCUCUCGGCAAAGCUGGCUAACAGUGGCACCCCAUUCAUUGCCUCGGCUUAACGAGGACCGGCAGCUCAGCCCUGUUACACUUGCCGACGUCAAAGGGAUUGCUGACUGCAUAAAACAAGUAGGGAGAGAGCGGCUGCCUUCUUGUGCCUUUUACCCAAAUCCAGACUGGAGUGCCCAAUUUCUACCCCUUCUUCCCUUUUGCCGCAUUUCUUCGCAUUCUUCCCAGAUUCAGCAUGACGGACCAAUUGAGAUUCGACGGCCAGGUGGUUGUCGUCACCGGCGCGGGCGGCGGUCUCGGCAAGGCCUAUGCCACGUUCUUUGCAUCGCGCGGCGCCAGCGUGGUGGUCAACGAUCUCGGCGGGUCAUUCAAGGGCGAGGGCAACGACACCAAGGCCGCCGAUGUCGUCGUCAACGAGAUCAAGGCCGCGGGCGGCAAGGCUGUGGCCAACUACGACAGCGUCGAGUAUGGCGACCGGAUCAUCGACACGGCCAUCAAGGCCUUCGGUCGCGUCGACGUGCUCAUCAACAACGCCGGCAUCCUGCGCGAUGUCAGCUUCAAGAACAUGAAGGACCAGGACUGGGACCUCAUCUUCAAGGUGCACGUCAAGGGCAGCUACAAGUGCGCCCGCGCCGCCUGGCCCCACUUCCGCAAGCAGAAGUACGGCCGCAUCAUCAACACGGCCUCGGCCGCCGGCCUGUUCGGCAACUUCGGGCAGACGAACUACUCGGCCGCCAAGCUCGCCAUGGUCGGCUUCACCGAGACGCUCGCCAAGGAGGGCGUCAAGUACAACAUCAUCUCCAACGUCAUUGCCCCCGUCGCCGCGAGCCGCAUGACCGAGACCGUCAUGCCCCCCGACGUCUUGGCCCUCAUGAAGCCCGAGUGGGUCGUGCCCCUGGUGGCUGUCCUGGUGCACAAGAACAACACGAGCGAGACGGGCUCCAUUUUCGAGGUCGGCGGCGGCCACAUUGCCAAGCUCAGGUGGGAGCGGUCGAGCGGCCUGCUGCUCAAGUGCGACGACACCUACACCGCGAGCGCCAUCCUGAAGAAGUGGGACCGUGUGGGCGACUUCUCCAAGCCCCAGUAUCCCACCGGCCCCAACGACUUCACCGCCCUCCUCGAGGAGUCGCAGAAGCUGGGUCCGAACGAGCAGGGCGAGAAGAUCGACUUCACCGGCCGCGUCGCCCUCGUCACCGGCGGUGGUGCCGGUAUCGGCCGUGCUUACUGCUUGGCCUUCGCUAAAGCGGGCGCCGCUGUGGUUGUCAAUGAUGUUGCUAACCCCGACGACGUGGUCAACGAGAUCAAGAAGAUGGGCGGUAAGGCCGUGGCCGCCAAGUUCUCGGCCGAGGACGGUGAUGCUGUGGUCAAGACGGCCAUCGACGCUUUCGGUCGCAUCGACAUUGUCAUCAACAACGCUGGCAUUCUGAGGGAUAAGGCCUUCACCAACAUGGAUGACAGCCUCUGGGACCCUGUCAUGAACGUGCACGCCCGCGGUACCUACAAGGUCACCAAGGCCGCCUGGCCCUACUUCCUGAAGCAGAAGUACGGCCGCAUCGUCAACACCACGUCGACCAGCGGCAUCUAUGGCAACUUUGGCCAAGCGAACUACUCUGCGGCGAAAUGCGCCAUCCUGGGUUUCUCGCGCGCGCUUGCUCUCGAGGGUGCCAAGUACAACAUCUUCGUCAACACUAUUGCCCCUAAUGCGGGCACAGCGAUGACCAGGACCAUCCUGCCCGAGGAGCGUGUCCGGGCGUUCAAGCCCGACUACAUCGCGCCCCUGGUGCUCGCGCUCUGCAGCGACAAGGUGCCAAACCCGACCGGCGGUCUGUACGAGGUCGGCAGCGGCUGGGUCGGCCAGACGAGGUGGCAGCGCUCCGGCGGGCACGCGUUCCCCAUCGACGUGCCGCUCACCCCUGAGGAAGUCGUCAAGCACUGGCGCGACAUCGUCACGUUCGACGACCGCGCCGACCACCCCGAGAAGACGCAGGACAGCCUGGAGAAGAUCAUGGCGAACUUGGACAACCGGAGCGGCGAAGGAAAGAGUGCGUCCGGCGGCAACAAGUACCUCGACGCCAUCCAGGAGGCGCUCAAGGCCGAGGGCAAGGGCACCGAGUUCAAGUACACGGAGCGCGACGUGAUGCUCUACAAUCUCGGCAUCGGCGCGAAGCGGACCGACCUGCGCUACGUCUUCGAGGGCAACGACGAGUUCCAGGCGAUCCCCACCUUCGGCGUGAUCCCGCCGUUCGACGCCGAGACGCCCUACAACCUGGACGACCUGGUGCCCAACUUCUCGCCCAUGAUGCUGCUCCACGGCGAGCAGUACCUCGAGAUCAAGAAGUACCCGAUCCCCACGUCGGGCAGGCUCAUCUCCAAGGCCCGGCUGCUCGAGGUGGUCGACAAGGGCAACGCGGCCAUCGUCCGGUCGGGCGUGACGACGGUCAACGCCGAGACGGGCGAGGAGCUCUUCUACAACGAGAUGACCGUCUUCCUGCGCGGCUGCGGCGGCUUCGGCGGCCAGAGCAAGCCCGCCGACCGCGGCGCCAGCACCGCCGCCAACAAGCCCCCCGCGCGCGCGCCGGACGUCGUCGUCGAGGAGAAGACCACCGAGGAGCAGGCCGCCAUUUACCGGCUGAGCGGCGACUACAACCCCCUCCACAUCGACCCGGCCUUCGCCAGGGUAGGCGGCUUCAAGCAGCCGAUCCUGCACGGCCUGUGCUUCUUCGGCAUCGCCGGCAAGGCCGUCUACGAGCGCUUCGGCCGCUUCCGCAGCAUCAAGGUCCGCUUCGCCGGCACCGUCGUCCCGGGUCAGACCCUCGUCACCGAGAUGUGGCGGGAGCCGGGCAACAGCAAGAAGGUCAUCUUCCAGACCAAGGUCAAAGAGACGGGCAAGCUGGCUAUCGGUGGGGCCGCGGCGGAGUUGGUGUAGUGUAGUUCGGUGUUGUCAGUGCUUGAAUUGGGUCGGUCGUGCUGUGAAAAUCAGGGAAGGGGCCGGUCGUUGGACUGGGUAUUGGCGAGAUGAACGUGUGUAUGAUUUUAGGAAGUCCGGUUUGUGAA